AUGGCAAAGCUGGCGUCCCGAAGAAGGCACACCAACUCGAAGCUUGGGUGUGCCAAUUGCAAACGAAAAAAGAUUCGCUGUGACGAGGAACUCCCGCAGUGUCUCAACUGCCGCAAGGGGAGAAAAGAGACAUGUUCCUACUUGUCCUUGUCGAGCGCUGAGAUCAACAGGAUCAAGUUGACCCAUUCCUUGAGAAACUCUCAAAAUAAGCUUUUGGCAAGCAGCUUCAGGCUUCCGACGUCGACCAACUCCGCAUGGAAAUCCGAGCGUUUGUCGCUGGUGGUUCGCUUGCCUGAUGAAAAGAAUGGCGAUGACAACAUGCUUGAGUUUAAGUUUGAAUUCUCCAUGCUUGAGAGCAAAUAUCCCAUGCUGCGGUAUCCAUCUGUGCAAUUCCACAAUGUGUUCGUUGACUCGAUUGACUCAGAAUACGGUGUGGAUCAUGACUACAGGUCCCCGUCGGACCCUCACUUCGCUCUGUCUGAAAUACUCUCCUCGAGCGAGUCGAUAGCGGCUCCAAAUGAGAAGGGCCUUCCUAAUUGCAUUCAGGUGAGAACCACCUUCACAAGACUUAAUCAUCGAGCCUUAUUCGACAAGUCUUUCUUUAAAUACAACCCCAUCUGCACUUUACUCCACAGGUUCAGUCCUGAGCUUGUUUUUUCAAGGAUAUUCUUCGUUUGCCAAAAAACUUUUGGUGCCUCUUUGCUGCUUCUGCGUAUUAAGCAGGAUUCCAUCAUAGGUCGCUCGAUCCAGAAGCACGCCAUAACUUCCUUAGAGUCAAAGUGCAUCGCCGCUGCCAAUGAGAUACGACAGCUGUUUCCGGAAGCUAUACGAGUGUUUCAGCAUAAUUUGCGUGACGAAAAGCAGCCGGUGCACGAAAUGAACACUCAGAGACUUUACUUAGCAUUCGCCAACUGGUUGGCUGCAACGACUCUAUCUGUUCUCGAUUGCUCGAUACCAACUGUUUUCACUUUUCUUGUGGGCCAAAGUAUAAUCUUCGAAGAGUAUCUUAGUCAUGCUUUAAAGCACGACAAUACUGAGGUCUCAGGUGUGCAGUGGCUCUCGCUUAUGAAGAAAAAUAUCCUAUUUAUUCAUUUACCUCCUUACGAACCGGCAUUUCUCUUCGAGAUGCGUUGCAACUUAGAGGUUGUCUUUGGUAUGCUCAAAAACCCAAUAGUUACAUUUGAAAAUCAAACGGACUUGUUGUAUUAUAAAAGACUAAAAUAUUACUGUGGCCAAAUGCUUGAGUUUCUUGAGACUGAAAUGCUCCCAGUGGUCUACUCAUCCAGAAAUGAGCAUUUUGUCACGACUUAUCCUCCCAGCUUGAUGUACAAUGUCGUUAGAAAAUGGGUAUUUUUAAUGCCCAACAAAUUCAAUCUUUGUGUGAAUAACACCUUGGGGAAUACAUUUCUCAGAUACCUCUCUGACACAGUGAAAAUGUAUAGGGCUGCAAUAUCAGUGGGACUUGAUGCCGUGUUUCCGACUGCCAGGUAUCUACUAUCUUUAGGCUUUGAAGACCCCACGUUUACUAUGCAUCAACACUGUUCCUAUGCAAAACCUCUGCUUGAUGACUUUGAGGAUGCAUCAUUUUCUGAACUAAUAUGGCGGCAUAAUGUUUAUGCUCUUCGAAUUUACAGUUUUUUCCGCAGAAGAUUCGACUUAUACAGAAAUCAUGUUAUUUGGAAAGGAUCCUUUUCCGAUAUUAACUCGAGCAAUCGUUUCAGUGCAAGACACAUGAAGAAUGCUCUCGAAAUACCAGUGAGAAGCUUUAGUCAUCUGCCCUUGAGUCCAGAGCAUUAUGCUCGUCAAAUACAUGGACAUUAUGAUUCGAUUCUCAAGGACCCCUCAGCAUCUGCAGUGUACACCCGUCCUGAUGACCCGAACGAAAGGCUCUUUCAGAAAGCUGCACUGUUCGAUCUCUUUGAUCUAAGUCAUGAGGUGAAUUUGACUCCCACUUUAUCAUGUCAGUAUGAUUAUGUUCCAGAUAUUGGAAAGUGUAUGGAGGAGACUACUCACUCCUUUGAAGAUUUGAAAAAUUACUUCGAAGACCGCAAAUGCAUCUUACAAGGCAUAUUUUAG